AUGGAGAAGAUCAUUAAGAAGGCCUUGGUGCAGUUCCGCGAGCAGCACCAUCUCCUUUCUGAUGCCCAACACGGCUUUCGAAGUGGUAGGUCCUGCCUCACGAAUCUGCUCUUUACGCUCGAACGCUGGACCAAAGCACGUGAUGAAGGCAAGGUGGUGCACGCCAUCUACAUCGACUUCAAAAAGGCUUUCGACAGCGUUGCUCAUCAACGUCUCUUGUACAAACUGCGCAACGCUGGAAUUCGUGGACGCCUUCUUGUAUGGAUCCAGAGCUUUUUGGCUGGACGGUCCCAGAGAGUGCAGGUCGGGCGUCAACAGUCCUCAGAUGUAAGCGUGGUGAGUGGCGUCCCACAGGGCUCAGUCUUAGGUCCCACGUUAUUCCUCGUCUUCGUAAAUGACUGCGUCAAGGACCUAGACUGUGAUGCCAUCCUGUUUGCCGACGACAUAAAAUUGUGGAAAGUUAUUCACGAUGCGGCAGACGCAGACCACCUGCAAGCAAACUUGAACAGGCUCGAAGACUGGUCGAAGCGCUGGCUUAUGCCCUUCAAUAUAAGCAAGUGUAACUUUCUUCAACUCGGCGGCUUCAGAGCCCCUAGCCCCAGGACCUACUUUCUAAACGGCACACCACUGCCACAGGUUGACAGUCAGAAGGACCUGGGUGUAUGGAUUACAUCUUCAUUCAAACCAACACUGCACUGCGCGAAGGCGGCUAAAUCGGCUACGGCCACAUUGCAACUCAUUAGGCGAGCAUUUAUGGGAUUUGACCCUGACUGCUUUUCCAAAAUAUUUGGUACCUUCGUGCGACCUCAUCUAGAAUACGCCAUACAGGCGUGGAGACCCUGGACUGCCAAGGAUUAUACCGUCUUGGAGAAGGUCCAGAGACGGGCGACCAAAAUGACACAAGGUCUGGGAGCACUGCCCUAUGAAACCAGACUGUCAAUCCUAAACCUGUUUCCCCUUUCCUACAGGCAAUUACGUGGUGACCUUAUACUAACAUUUCGCAUCAUCAACGGCCUAGACUGUUGUUUAGAUCCCACUGAUUAUUUCACCCAAGCUAACACGCCCAAUUUGCGCGGUCAUCCCCUAAAACUACGCGCAGGGAAAUCAAGAACCAAUGGACGAAAGUCCUUUUUCAGUAACAGAGUGGUUGCAGCCUGGAAUGGCCUACCUACCGAUGUUGUAACCUCCUCCUGUGUGAACUCCUUCAAGUGUAGACUUGACCUGCAUCAAGCUUCCCAAUUACCACCCCCACAUCCACUCACAUAA